UCACCUCCUCCACCACCUAAACCCAAAAACAAUUGUUGGCAGCGCAACCGCCCGCAGCGACGAGGCGGAGGCGACCCGACCCGCGCAGCGGCGCCAGCGACAAGCAAGCCUGCGGCGGAAACCCUAGCAGCAGCGGCUGGAGCAGGAGGCAGAGCGUCCAAUGGCGGAGGACGGGGACAAGGCCGCGGCGUCUGCGGGGGAGGCAGGAGGAGGCGGAGGAGGAGGGAACGAGGGCGGCGAGGAGGAGAAGAGCGUCAAGCUCUUCGUGGGCCAGGUGCCUAAGCACAUGACCGAGGCCGACCUGCUCGCCAUGUUCCGCGAGGUCGCCGCCGUCGACGAGGUCACCGUCAUCAAGGACAAGGUCACCAAGGUCUCCCGAGGGUGCUGCUUCGUCAUAUGCCCGUCAAGGGAGGAAGCUGACAAGGCGGUGAAUGCCUACCACAACAAGCGCACACUCUCUGGGGCAUCAAGUCCUUUGCAAGUAAAAUAUGCUGAUGGAGAGUUGGAGAGGCUGGAACAUAAGCUUUUCAUUGGAAUGCUUCCGAAAAAUGUUACAGACACUGAGUUGACUGAUUUGUUUUCCAAAUAUGGGAAUGUCAAGGAUUUGCAAAUUUUGAGAGGUUCACAACAAACAAGCAAAGCUGGCUGUGCCUUCAUUAAAUAUCAAACAAAAGAUCAAGCAUUGGCAGCUAUUGAAGCUCUAAACGGGAAGCACAAAAUAGAGGGUUCUAGUGUGCCGUUGGUUGUCAAAUGGGCCGAUACAGAAAAGGAAAGGCAGGCUCGGAAAGCACAAAAGGCUCAGUUACAGCUAUCUAAUAUGCCCAGUGCAAGUCCAAUGCAGCAGUCUUCAGUAUUUGGAGCUUUACAGAUGGGAUAUAUGCCUCAAUACAAUGGAUUUGGCUAUCAGCCACCAGGGACAUAUGGACUUAUGCAGUACCCUUUAUCUCCUAUGCAAAAUCAAGGCCCCUUCCAGAAUAUGGUUCAACCUCUUAAUCAAGGGAACUCGAUAAGAGGAGUCAAUCCUGAACUGUCUCCCAGUUCAGUUCAAAGGUCCUUUGCAAUGCAGUUAGGGAGCCCUUAUCCUGCUAUCCCUGGUAUGCAGUAUCCUGGGUCAUAUCCUGGUGGUCCCAUGAACAAUCGUCCUUUUGGAAAUUCUCACAAUUCAAUUUCAAUUAAAGUUCCAAAUUCGAAUGCCAAUUCCGCCAUUUCUUCUAGUCCCAGCAGCAAUGCCGGUGGACAGGUUGAAGGUCCUCCUGGAGCCAAUCUAUUUAUUUACCAUAUCCCACAAGACUAUGGUGACCAAGAGCUUUCCAGUGCCUUUCAGAGUUUUGGUAGAGUACUAAGUGCUAAGGUGUUUGUAGACAAAGCAACGGGUGUCAGCAAAUGCUUCGGUUUUGUGAGCUACGAUUCUCCUACCUCUGCACAGGCAGCCAUCAAUAGGAUGAAUGGGUACCAAUUAGGCGGUAAAAAACUCAAAGUACAACUCAAGAGAGAAAACAACAACAAGCACAGUAAACCUUAUUGACAAAAAGGCAGCAGCUGUUAUGACCAUACCACGCCAUCCGGUCCUUGGUACAUAUUUGUCGGAUAAUUGACCGUCACCACAUUGUUUCCUCUGCUCCCCUACCCCCUCAGGCAGCUAGUGAGACCAGGGCCUGUGGAGAGACCGUGUACCCUCUUUUGUUCAAUUCACAUUCUUGGAGAUUCGUCACCUCGUGUAAUUCAUUGCAGCAGCCAUAGGCCGUAGCAGCAGUUUGUACCUUGAUCAGAAUCACUUGUACACAAAGACUUGCCGAUUCAUUUAAUUGUUACCUCCUCUAACUGAUAGCCAGUUUUCAUGCUAGAA